AUGCUCACCACCCACGCGCGAAGGAAAGAGCGUCUGCCGCCGGGAAGGAACAGCGUGGCGGCCGUCGACAAUAAUCAUGACGACAGUCCGCCGCCCAAGAGGAGACGGCUGAGCAUCCGCACCGCCUCCCACAGUAAACACAACCUCAGCCGCCAGACCACCCUCGACGCCUACGCCUUUGCUAAGGGCAGUGCGCCGCAACCGCCGAGCAAGGUCACCGUCCAACAGCCACACGGCCCCCUACUACAAACCAUCAAUGGCGUCCGCACAACCCUCGACGCCGACGAGGACGAAUUGUUACGACCUUCCCCUAAGCCGGAGCGCAUCCCGCAGCGAACCUCUCGAUCCCCCCACCCUGCACCACCGCAACAGAAACAGGAGGACAAGCGGACACUGAGAUCACAGGACGAUGGGCCCAGGUUGAAGAGCGAGUUGGCAACAUACUUUCCCAAUUACGAGGAUGUCAUAUUCGAUGUCGAGCAAGAGGAAGAAUUCUUGACGGUGGACACGGCUCUAUAUAUCACGGAUGAUACGAAGCCUGGCAAACCUGAGAGUGUAUCGCCAGCCAAGACCAGCAAGAGUGCAGCCAACGGGCGUAGAACUUCAGUCAAUGGCACCGCGCCGUCACCGUUCUCGCCUCCGCGCAGCAGUUCAUCCCAGUUCAAUGGCAGUCCUAUAUUGAAUCUCGACUUCAUGGCCAAGACUCUGCCUGAAAAGCCAGAGGAUCCACUCACCGAUGAAUACUUCCUCAAAUCACAUCGAAGAGCAGAGCGGAAAGAGAAGCAAUCGCGGAACAUCGAAAAGGAGAGGGCAAUGCAUGAAAAGGUGCAGUUGGACAGGUUGUUGGAUGGCUUGCAAGGACACGAUUGGCUUCGGGUUUUGGGAAUCACUGGUGUUACGGAUACUGAGGCGAAGAAGUUCGAAGCCAAGCGAGACUACUUCAUUGCAGAGGUGCAGGCAUUGGUGGACAAGUUUAGGCAAUGGCGAGAACAGGAGAAGAAGCAGCGUCUUGUGAAGGAAGCUGCGGCUGCCGCGAGAGAAGCUGAGGAGGAGGGCGACACGACCGAAGGCAGUGUUGAGCCUCCCAGCAGCGACCUCAAUGCAUCUGCAGCCAGACAACUUCAGCAAGAAACCGUCAACGCCUUGAAAUCGUCGGCCAGGCCCUCGGGGAAAGGAAAGGGGCCAGCUCAUGCAACAUCUCACCCCGGUACGCCCACCACCAUACCCGCCAAGCUCAUGCUCCCGCCACAACCGCCUUCACCCGAGAUGCCCAUCACCAGCUUCUACUCGAAACCUCACCUCAGGGAUGCAGCACUGGGCAAAGCAAGGCAUGGCCGAAAUGUGUACGCAUUUGGCCAGCCAAUUCCAGACCUAGAAGAACAAGAGUUCGAAUUGCCGGAUGACUACGUUACUGAAGACGCCCUGCGAGCCAACGCCCGGGAAAGGAGGCGGCGCAAAAGGGAAAACGCAGCCAACGCGUCUUCGAAGAAAACUUCAUGA